AUGAAAUACACUAUUACACGACAAUUUUCAUUUACUAAUGAAAAAUUUGAAAUUAUUAGUGAUUCAAAAACAGUUUGUACAGUUAAAGCAACACCGUCGAAAGAUUACAAAGGACAAUUCAAUAUUAAAUUAUCAAAUCUUACCAAUAAGACAAUAGGAAAUAAUUCUUGUAUUGUUGAACCUGAUGAAAAUCAAUCACGAAAUUAUUUUAUUUAUUCGAUAAAUCAUCAAUCAAAUGAAAAACUUCUUUUUGGUCAAUUAUUUUAUGAACUCUGCAAUUUUAAUGAUUAUCUUUAUAAAAUUAUUAUUGGAGAAAAAUUAUAUACGGUCAGAAGUUCAGAUUUAAGAAAUCGUCGUUUAGCUAUAAUUGAUAUACUUCAAUCAAAUAAUUCUUCAAAUACAGAUGAAAAUACAACAUCAAAUUAUCCUGAAACAUUAUUUCAAGUUAUUGAUUCAUUUUCAAAGACAACAAAGAAAUAUCAUGUUAAUAUUCAUAAGAAAGAAUGGCCAUUAGGUUAUCUUGCUAUUACUAUUUUACUUCAUCUUCAUGAAUCUCGACGAGAUAAAAACUAA